AUGGAGAAGCUGAAGAAGAUGCAUUGUUUAUGCCUCCUGAAUAAGAAACAGAAGAUGAGUUCAUCGCAUCCUCAUCAGACGAAGAUGAAAGCGAAGAACUUUAGUAUGAGGGGUCGAGGUCGAGGCACUGGCUCAGGCCGUGGCACAGUCCGAGGACGCAGAUGGGGAGACGACCCUGUUGUUGGCGAUACCGACGUUGCUGAGGAGCAGCAACAGCUGAAGGCCGGAGGACCUGUUCAGCCUAGGCAGCAGCGUGAGCCUGGCGAGCCCCCGGCUAUUCUGGACGACCAGGGCAGGGCGAGGGUUCACCCGGACCCUAGCAGGACUUUGUUGCUGGACUCAGGGCCAGUUUCUCGUGCCAUCAGAGAGAUUUUUAGGAAAUGCUGGUUCGAGACUGGCUAUGCAUGGCGCUUUCUGACUGCGGAUCAGAGGGAUUUCAAUUUCCAGGAGUUCCAGAAAGAAUUCUGGUGGGAUAGUUCGGUCUACAGCGACGAGCUCAUCAGACAGGUCUUCAUGACCCACGCAGCCACCCGCUACAAAGACAACGUCCAUAAAAUGAAGUCCAAAAAGGAGAAGCAUAAAUCUGUGGGCCAGGCAAUAUGGGAUGCCUGGAAUGCCUUCUGGGACACAGAGGCGGAGAGAAGAAGUCGGAGAUAG